AAUGGACGCUUAGGAUCUAUUCACUUGAUUUGCUAUUUGUUGUUCAUUUCUUGCAAUGUCCGUUUUGUUUGUCUUCUCCUCCUGCACUUACUGUUACAUGUCGUAUAAAUGAAGUUUUAUUUUUAUCUUUUGGGUUUUUUUUAAAACUGUAGGACGGAUUCUUCCCGAAUGACUACAUUAUACUUUCCAAACAAAGUUGGUGACUUAUUACUGUCAUUUAACUAAAUUUCCUCUCUAUUAUUUGGGGAGUGGGGGGGGGCGAAUGGUUAGCGCGUGCGCGUUGUAUCAUUGAGUCCACUGGUGUGGUUUCGGUUCCCCGGUUGUACAAGACAAGGAGUAGGGUUCCCUUGUCCAACCUCGUGGGUUUUCUCAGAGUUCCCCGGUUUCAUCCCACUGCUAAAGACCCCUACGCGCAAGUGAAUUAUUGAAAUAAAAUCGAACCAUAUGUUAGUACCAAAAUGACCUAGUUUUUGUCGAGUGGACGUUAAUCUCUCUCUCUCUCUCUCUCUCUCUCUCUCUUAUUUGAUGUGCUUUUACGAUUUGUUGUCUCUUCUUUCCUAUUUAUAGGUUUGCGUUGCUUUAUUUUGGAGAAAACCGUUAGUGCCUGUAACGGACCGUGUGCGUCUGUCAACUUAAAAUGUCCUGGAAAACAUAAAAUAGCUAUCAGGGAAGCCUUAUUUGGUGUUCAUCCUUUAGGUCCAAUUUGUCCAACAGGCACAGACUGUGAACGAGCCCAGAGUGAUAUAUGUUGUGAGAAGACACCUAGUUCAGAUUGUAUGAUACCCUAUCCCGUUGACCGGUUAGAACCACUUCAUAAACGUUGUUCAGGAAAGCACACGUGUAAAGUAAAUAUAGUAGGAAAUGAAGAUUUAGCUACUGUGUGUCCAGCAACUGGUCCACCAAAUCAACAUAAUACAACAUAUACUAUAUUAGAUUAUGUCUGUGUUAAUGAUACGUUCAUAGCUGAUUUCUGUAGUGAUAAUAUCAUCACAGUAUCUGGUAGAACAGUAUUUGCUGCGUAUGAUGCUAAAAGGGCCCAAACUUGGAAAGAUGGAAAACUCUGUACAUGUGUGGCACAUUCUACAACUUUUCCGGUGGAAAAUCCUAUAUCUGUAUUUGUAGUUGAUAUCAGAUUGAAUCAAGCCGAGUCUACACAAUGUUCUGAUUCUAUGGUAUCAAUAUCAGCUGGUAAAACUAUUAAAGACAUUACUUGUAAAAGUGUACACGAUCCUGGUUUUCCCUAUCCAUUUGUUUCCGUAUUGAAUUCUACAACAGUUGCUUUAGCUCAGUUGGUGUUGAAGAAAGAUGUGCCAGAUUUUGUUUGGUUGGGUUUUGAAGCAUCCCUUGAUGAAGAAAUAAGAGUUAGUUGUGGUGUACAUGGUUGGAAAAAAUCUGAAAAAUUGGAAGAAAUGGUACCAGCAACUAAAGGAGAGGGCUUAUCUUUAACUAAUAAUGAUGUUAAGACUAACGGUCUACCAAUAGCAGCCAUUAUAGGAGGUUUUAUUGGAGGUGUUGUACUAACAGCCAUCAUAGCAGCUAUAAUUGUAUUAGCAAUAAAGAAGAAAAAGAGAGGGGGGAAUCCUGAAACAGAUCUGAUGGAACCGUAUGCCACGAUUGAUUCAAGUCCUACAUCUAGUAACAAGAAGGAACCAAGAGGAUCCGUUAAACACGAUGAGUUAAUGGUAUUUGAGGCACCUGCCUGUAAUUAUUCUCCGCCUUGGGACGUUAAAGGCAAUAUUGUGAAUAUAAAUAGCGAAGAAUGUGCUAAUGAUUCAGCAGCCUACGUAGAUGCGGCGGCGGUGCGCAAAAAGAAGAAAAUUGACAAACAGAAGAGUCGUGAAUUACCGUUAAGUCCAGCUCAGCAGACGAUUGCUAAAGAUGUAGAAUACGUUGAUGUCGGCACUGUUAGGAAAAAGAAAUUAGCUGAUAGGAAAAGUGCAGCAGCGGCAAAGGAAGCCAAAAACAAUCCAAAGAGACAGAACGCCAUUGAUAGAAAAAAAGCCUCGGAGUAUGAUCGUUUGAGUAGGGAAACGCCAAGAGAAUGCCCUACACCGCCGGGAUAUAGUCAUUUAAGUCGUGAAUAUAUGGAUAUUGAACCAUUCACCUUAGUAAAUGAGAAUUAUAUAGAGGAUGAAAGUAUAUAUGAAAAUAGUGAAAACGUAAACCAAGAACAAACUAACACAAAGAAACUAGUCCCGUCCAAAAACAAAGACUCAGACGGUCGAUCGGAUUCUUCAUUUAAACGUAGUCCUUCACCAGUAUCACCUUAUGAACUAGAGAAAAACAGUUGAAUACCCAAUAGUUAGUUUAUAUACAUUACACUUCUCAUAUUGAGAUCAUUAUUAACUACACAGAAACCAAUAAAAACCUCGAAACUAAAUCGCCUUAUAAACGUUUGAGAAAGUACAUUGUAUAGGCCAGCAACAAGAGAAUCAAAUGAGAUUUAUUAUCUCACGUUUUUAUUUUAUAUUUACUAUAUGACUGCGAGUGCAAAUGGAAUGAUAAGUUGGGUUUUUUCCGCCAACUUUCUCUGUUGUCAAGGAUUUAUACAUGUACAUUUAAUAUGCACAAGAAACGUAAUUUUCCCUCCAUAUUUGUAUAAUAUUUGAGUUGGGUGUUAAUACGACUUAUGGUUCGCGUUAUUUGACAUCCGGUCUUUAUGUUUUGAAAGAUAUUGGUAACAGUAACGGAUCAUGGCGAGAGCAACAGAGGCAAAGUAGGGGUGUACGACUUUGGGGACUCUAUAGUCUUGUGGGUAGACCAAGUGUUUCCUAUGGGUCACAUUCCCCACUCAACGUUACCCGCUCGCUCUGAUAAACUAAGAAUCGAGGUGUCAUCACACUUGUCAAGCUGGUUUGGCAGGAGUCCAGCCAAUUGGCGUAUGAUUCCCCCACAGAGAGACACCUGCGCCGCGCCGUGCAAAAGUGUUUUCGCGAUGUUUUUGAAGAUUUUUAUUCUGAAAUCGGCUCUAAAGGUCGUUAUGCCUAAACAUAAACGCUCAUAGUUCUAUAACUACAUGAUUCCUACUGCCCGAGCCACCCACUUUUCAAACCUUCCUGCGGGAGAAUCCCUCCUCAGCGACGGUCGCCUUUGGCUGCCCGUGGCCCGGCGACCCCAUGAUCAACAACUGGUUGGUCGGCCUGUAAAAUUAGUCCUGUACGUUAUAUCACAAAAGUAAGCACAACCAAUUGUUGCCAAUGAAGAGUUGUAAAGAAAUUGAGUUGAUAUAAUAGUAAAUGGGUACUGCAGAAAUUAAGAGUUUCGUAACACUGCGAGUAAAAAAAUACUUGUACAAAAAAAUAAUUGAAAAUGUCCACUAUCCAAUUCGGCAAUAAAAUCAGCAUUACUGAAUCCACCAGCUCAUACAUUAUGUCACGAAGUAAAGGUAGAGUAGCUUGAAAUAAAUACUUUUAUAAAUCGU